CUUUAUAUCAUCUCAUCAUCAUCAUCAUCAUCAUCAUUGGCUCACUGGGCUCAGCGAGACCUUGCAUCUUGACAGGAAUGUCCGAAUCAAAAGCAGACGACCAUGUCGUUCAACCAGCCACCGCUCCGGCCGCUCCAGUGGAUCUAGCUCCUCCCGUCACCUCGCAGCCUACGACGACCUCUACCGACGAGACAGCACCCCUCAACUCGACCCUCGACCCGGAAGAGAUCGACCGACUGAAACGAGUUCCCUUUGGAUCACGAUAUCUCACCAACCCUGAUGACGUCUACAGCUUCAACGCUUGGGAUCACGUCGUGCCACCGCCGGAAUGGGAGGCUCAAGCGAAACAGACUUUGGGAAUUCAGAGAGAGGGUAAAGUUAGCGAUGAGAUGAAAUGGGCUUACAACAAAAAGCCUUCGAUGUACUGGAACAGGUUCUACGAUAUCAACAAGGCCAACUUUUUCAAAGAUCGAAACUGGCUGCGACUAGAAUUCCCGGAAUUGCUCGAGUGUGCCAAAGCCGACGCGGGUCCAAAGUUGGUCGUCGAGAUCGGUUGCGGAGCUGGCAAUACCGUCUUCCCGCUCCUGGCCAAGAACGAGAACCCGGACCUGGUCGUCCAUGCGUGCGAUUACGCUCCUUCCGCCGUCGAGCUCGUCAAGGCCAACUCGAUGUAUCCCGUCCCGGAACAUGGCAAGGGAAGACUGCAUUCUUCGGUCUGGGACGUUACCACCCCUCCCGUAGCUAUUCAAAAGCACAACGACAAUGGAAACACCGACUCUCAUGAUCCGUCAUCAUCGUCAUCGGCGCCGGCAUCGGCUGCAUCGUCGUUGCCCGAGGGCGUCGAACCAGGUACGGUGGAUAUCGCCGUCAUGAUCUUCGUCAUGUCCGCGUUGCAUCCCCUGGAAUGGCAACGAGCUAUUGCCAAUGCUUAUAAGAUGUUGAAACCGAACGGGCUGCUAUUCAUUCGUGACUACGGACGGUACGACUUGGCUCAACUGAGAAUCAAGAAGGGCAGGAUGUUGGAGGAGAAUUUCUACAUCCGCGGAGAUGGAACGAGGGUCUAUUUCUUCGAAGCCGCCGAGCUGUCCGAAAUGCUUACGGGUGCCAAGGACGCAUAUACGCCCAUGGACGAUGCAGAACCCAAGGUCGAGGUGGAGGGUACAGAUUCGGGGGUCGCUACUCCUGGAACCGAAGUCGACGAGGCGCAGAGCCGAGCUGAGACGCCGCUGUUUGGCGCCGAAUCGUCGAGUGCGGGAACGAGUCGUCCUAGCCGUCUCUUCCGACAUCAACCCGAUGACCUACAGGUCGAGACCGACAGGAUGUCCAAGCUUGCCUUGUCCGUCGAGGCCAUGGACCGUCCCAAAGCAUCGACUACGAACCCGGCCGAACCGCUAUCGACACGUUUCAGAACGCCAGGACCUCAGAUGGGCACGCUGCCCCGAGCGGAUUUCCCCACCCAUCAGACCCCCACGCUGACACAAGACGAGACGGAAGCCGUGCCCGAGUCGGCGAUCGGGAACCCGUUUGUGACGCCUCACGAAGAGCUGGGUCUGCCUCCUAUGCCAUUAUUCAGGAUCGACCAGCUUGGGGUUGAUCGAAGGAUGCUCGUGAACCGAAAACGGCAGUUGAAGAUGUACAGGAUCUGGAUGCAGGUCAAGGCCCGAAAGCUUGUAUAAUAUGGCGUGUUGGCUUCCGUCUACUUAUGAGCAUACCACGUACAUGGCCAAGAUUGCUUUGCGCAGUAGCGC